AUGAAAAAGGGUUUUAACAUUGAGUAUAACUUUACAACUAUUUAAAUAUGGGAAGAUUCCAUUGAAGCUCUUCAAUUAUAUGAUCAUAACAAUGUACAUAUAGUUAAUAUCAUUUAGAAAUAAAUUCAAAUCAAACCACAAAAUUUAAUUGAGUAUGUUCUUAAUACUAUUGAACUUAUGGCUUAAGUGAAAGGUUACAAUUAGGAUAGCUUCAUUAUUGCAUUAAUUAAUUAUUGUGUAAUGUGUUUAUUUUACAAUUUCAUAGGAUAGAUCAAAAAAGAAAUCAAAACCAUUUAUGACAGGUUUUAUUAAUUCAUUUAAAGAUCAAAUUAAUGAACCAGAAUUGGCAUAUUUUACAUAAUUAUUAGAUCCAAAUAAGUUAAUUGAUAAAACACCUGCAAUGUUUAAAUUCUAUCUAAAAGUUCGAAAAUACAUUUAUGCAAAUUAUGUUAAUCCUAGAGAAUCCUACAUUAAACCCAUUAAAUUUGAUGAUUGGGUAACUGUUGUAUCUAAGUUUCUUGAUAAUGCAGCCAUACCUAUUAUAGGCAAUAGAAUAAGAGAUGAAUUGAAUAACAAUAACACAGAUAAAGUUUUCAAAAAUACGUAUGAUUAUAUUGCAUUUACUUAAGAUUAGUAUAUAACCAAUAGAAUUAUUGAUUUUUUGUUAUGAAGUUUAUGAGAAAUAAUAAUUAGAAUAAGGCUAAAAAAUAAAUUAACAAUCCAUCUAAAAGGAAGAGUCUUUUGUUGAAUAAUAACAAAAACGUUAAACUGCUUAAUAAUUGGCUUAUAAGAUGAUUAUGCCUUAUAAUUCACAAAAAACUUAAGAGGAUAAACACAAUGAUACAUAAAAAAAAGCUAAGUUUAUUGAAGUCAUAAAAAUUCAUGAAAAUUUAGCUUAUAAUUAUAAAAUAUUGGCUUAAAAUGUUUCAGAUACUUAAGAGAUUGUUAAUCAAUUAAUAUAAAAGGUACUUUAUUUAUAUAAAAGAUAGAAUAAAGAUUUUGAUUUUGAUGAUGAUUUCAUAUAGUAAUUGGAGUAAGUAGUAAAUUUUAAAUCUUAUUGCAAGAACGAUGCAAUAAAAGAGUUAGAAGAUUCAAAUAUAUAUGAUUUAGUAUGA